AUGCCUGCUGCUGCGGCUGUCGCCAAAGGAAUUCUCCUUUCCAUCGGUAUCAUCGCCGCCCUGGGUAUGGUGGUGAUGGAGAACCCGCAAGUCCAGGAAUGGCUUGAGCAACAACGAAAAAAGAUCAUCGAGCUUCUCCGUACGGUCGGAGCAGAUCUCGAUCCUGAGAGUAGACGAGCGGCCGAAGCUUUCGCAUUCGAGGGCCGCACACCCGCAAACGAUGAAGGUAUUCGACGAGAGGCAAAUGCAAGCAUCGAGGCGGCUGCUGUUGCAACGGGCCGUAACCUCUCAAAUCCAAGCACGAUUCGAAGAAUUUCAAUUAGCGGACCGGUAGAUCCCAAUGCCGUAGAGGAACGGCGAAGACUGGGCCAGGCAUACCUCAUGCAACGGGAACAACAAAUGUUUGAAUUACAACAACGGCGCUCGACUGCUUCGAUCGAUAGACCGCCGUCUAUUGCACGUACUGCAUCUUUUGAUGCACUUGUUGACGACGACGGAAGUCUGAGGGUGGAUCAAGCAGGAAUAACGAAUGCCGUGCCUGUGACUACGGAACAGCUGCCGGAGGAAAUCAGAGAUGGCGCGCGGGAAGUUGAACGACAGCUCGAAUUGCCCGUUGCCGCGGGGCCCUCGGGACCCGUGGCUUCACGCGGAUGGCAGAUGGGAUCAGCGUUUGCCAACCCGUUCGGCGACGAGUUUGAGCUUGAUCGCAGUGUGACUCCUCGUCCUCCGACGGUGCCGCCGAAGGUUGCCGUGAGCGAGGUGCCCGACCCAGAAGUCUCCGUACCGCGUGAGUUGACACCGCGACCUAUUGCUGCAACUCCCACGAAUGAGCCUGUACAUGACAACGAUCUCACAUAUGAAGAGCAACUCGCUAUUGCUCUCUCAAUUUCCGAGCAAGAGAGCCAGCUUGCAUCUGCGUCGAGUCGGGAAGUGGAAGGUUCCGCAGAAGAUGCCGAAUUCCAUGCCGCUGUCGCGGCCAGCCUGAAGGAGAUGGCCCGUCAACAAGGAUCCUCUGCCCAGAACCCACUCAUUGACCUGUCUGGUUCAACACAGCCUGUGGCACCUAUUCCGACACGACCAUACUGGAGCUCUGCCUUCCGACCGGACAGCUCUUCUCAGGGAUUGUCUCAAAUGGGCGAACGUAUUCGGAAUCCGGGCGCAGCAUUUCCGGCAUUCGGCCUACAGCAAAUACCCACCGGACAAACCACAGUAGGGGGCCCCAACGACGCUCAGUCAAGGUCGCGCACGCUCUCGCCUUCAGCUGAGACUCAGGCGUCCUUCACUUCCGACGAUCUCUACCAGAUCACACCCCAACUAACACAAGCACAUCUCGCUUCGUUGACCGCGGCGAAUCCACCUUACGAUGCUGUCGGUCGCACUUUGGCCGCUGCAUCAGGUCCAUCUUCCGAGACAGCGUCCGAGAUGUUCCACUCCGUCCCCUCUUUAUCACAGCAGCUGGGCGAGAUCUACGGCCACCACGGGCCCCUCUCUCGACCUGCAGAUCAAACCACCAACAACAAAGAAGAGACGGCCAACAACUCCAAAAUCUUCGCCUCCGUCUCUGCCAUGACUGAUCUCGACGCCGAUGCUCCCGCCGCAGAUGGAACACGCGCCCCCACAUCCCCUCCGUCCCAACACUCCCUCGGCUUCCACCCCGUCGACAUGGCCGACGACACCGAGACCCUCGCUUCCACAACUCUACCAAAACCAACGCCCGCUACCGCUCCCAGCGUGAACGGCUCAGCAGCAGAAGUCGUCGACGUCGAAGACAUCACCGACAUCGACAUGUUGUCCGAGGACGGCGAUGGUGUGGCGACUCCUACGGAUAGUUGGUCUCAGGUCGAUGAGAGGGAGGCGCGCGAGGAGAGCGACGAUGAGGAUGAGGCGCAUUUGCAGCAUCAUAAUAACCUUGUUGGCGCGUGA